AUGAAUUCUCAAUCUUCAAACGACGAAAAACUAUUAAAUGAGAAUGAACAACAAUCAAAUGAUGAAGAUCAUAUUCAACGAAAACGAUCUCGAGUUGGUUCUCAUCCAGAUGAAUUAACUGAUCAGAAGAUUGAUAAUGUUCAAACAACUGAAACAUCAUCAGAACCUAUUGAAAAUCAUGAAAUAUCUGAUGAUAAACAGACAGAAGAUAAUAAUGGAUCAAUUAAACGACGUAAAUUAAAUGUUGAUAUUGAAGAAAUAAUUAAUCAAGAAGAAAAAACAAAUGAUUCUGUACGAACUACAUCUACAAAAAAUAGUGAAUCAAAAGAUGAAUCUUCAUCAACGACAACUGAUGAAGAUGAUGAUGAAGAUGAUAACGAUGAUGAUGACGACGAUGAUGAUGAUAAUAUAAAUCAUGAAUUAAAUUUACCACCAACAACAAAUAUUCAUUUACGUCUUCGACAACGUGAACUUGGUAUUUUUCAUCGAUCAAAAGGACGUGCAACAUGUCAAACAUUUCAUAAUAAUAUAAUAGCUAGUCGAAAUCUUGUUCAACGAAUGAAAGUAUCACAUAAACUUGAUCAACAUAAUGGUUGUGUUAAUGCUUUAUCAUUUAAUCGAACUGGAACAUUAUUAGCAAGUGCAUCAGAUGAUUUACAAAUUAUUUUAUGGGAUUGGAGUUUAAAUCAACCAGCUGUUUCUUAUGAAAGUGAACAUCAUGGUAAUGUUUUUCAAGCAAAAUUUAUACCAUUUUCGGAUGAUUGUAAAAUUGUAAGUUGUGCACGAGAUGGGCAAGUUCGUUUAGGUGAACUUCAUCCUGAUGGAAGAUUUAAUCGAACAAGAAAAAUUGCUCAACAUACAGCAUCAGCUCAUAAACUUUCAGUUGAUAAUAUAACAGGUACUGAUAUAUUUUCAUGUGGUGAAGAUGGUCUUGUUUAUCAAAUUGAUAUACGAGAAAAUAAAGCACAUAGAUUACUGACAAUAAAUAGUGAAACAAUGAAUAAACUACCACUUUAUUCAAUUGAACUUAAUCGAAAUAAUCAAAAUGAAUUUGUUCUUGCCGGUAUGGAUCCAUAUAUACGUGUAUUUGAUCGAAGAUAUAUCGAAGCUCAUACAGCAAAACCAUUAAAAAAUUUUUGUCCAGAUUUAGUUAAAAAAAUUGAAGAUCGUCGAAGACAACCAUCUGUUACCUGUGCUGUUUAUAAUCAUGAUGGAACUGAAAUUCUCGGAAGUUAUAAUGAUGAAGAUAUUUAUUUAUUCAAUGCAACACAUUCGGAUGGUGCCGAUGCUAUUCAUCAUUACCGUGGACAUCGAAAUAAUAAUACAGUAAAAGGUGUAAAUUUUUAUGGUCGUAAUUCUGAAUAUGUAAUCAGUGGAAGUGAUUGUGGUCAUGUAUUUAUUUGGGAUAAAAACUCUGAAAAAUGUAUUUGGUAUGAUAAAGGUGAUGAUGAUGGUACAGUGAAUGUUCUUGAACCACAUCCACAUUUUCCAAUUAUUGCAACAAGUGGUCUAGAAAAUGAUAUUAAAAUUUGGACACCGAUUAGUCAAGAACCAGUAGAUUUCAAACGUCUCAAUAUGAUUAUGAAACGAAAUGCCCGUGAACGUGAACAUGAACUUCAUUUUGCUAGUGUACUUGAUACAGAUACAGGUGGUAUAUUACGUCUAAUGCGUCCUGUAUUUCGACGAAUGGUUCGACGAGCUAAUGCUGAAGAUGAUGAACAUACGGAUGAAGAUGAUGAUGACGAUGAUGAUGAUGAUGAUGUUGACGAAGAUGAUGAAGACGAUGAAAGUGUAUCACAACAAACCCGACAAAUCUAUUCAUUUGAUUGUGCACCAUCAUAA